AGAGGUCCCGUGUCCGGGUGCCGCACUUCACCUCAAACAACUUUAAUCCAAGUGUGAGAACGGAGGGAAUUAAAGCACAGGAGUUCAUUCACUGCAUUGAUUCAGGCACGGGAGUUAUUUGAUUUACUCACUCCAGGAAAAAAUAAAACAUCGCAACUUAAUGAUUUUAAAUCGUAAAUCACUUUAAAACAUAUUUCAGACAUAUUCCAAACAUAUGUCAGAUAAUACGUUUGAAUAUAUUAUUUAAAGUUCUCUCGAUCGGGUUGCCUUCAGUCCAGUAAGCUUGUAGGGCGGGUUAGACGGUCUUCUGGUUGGACCAGUGUUGAAUCGAGAAUGUGUGACUCCGUUACCGGCUAUUAACGGUGUGCGGGGCUUAUUUCCACACUAGAGGCGCCGCCUUUGCUCUGAACACAUACACGCGCCAUCAGGUGCCAGAUACACACACACACUCUUCCGAUUGAGGGUACCCGUAAAGACAGAUCAGCGAAGAUCACCCAGGACUUUUCCAGAGAUCGAGUUGGAUUUAUACAGCAGAUUUGUCUGUGUGACAACAUGAUGGAUGCAUGAGGGCGCGCGAGAUCAAUACACCCAAUUAAUCAAUACCCUCUCCGCGCACGUGAAGAUCAGCUCCGCUGGAUGUUUAUGACCGCAUCUCUAUCACCAGGUGGCUUUUCAAGUGCGUGUUUCCAAGCGCGUGUCUCCUGUUGGCGUAAAUGUGCGCAUAAGGUGUUUUGAGAGCCACAAAACAAAAGCGCAGAGCGACAAUGCGCGUGCGGGAUUAGUUUAAACUUUGGUUUGCAGUGGAAUCGUCGGGAUCUGGACUCUAAACUCGCCUCGCUGUACAGAAGAGACUACGUAGAUCUCAGAUGGGAGCGGAUCUGGAUUGAAUUGCAGUUUAUUUCCCUUUAAGAAGAAGGGGACAUUCCAGCCCGAGGAGAUUACAAGUGUUUCCUUUAGAAAGAUUAUUUGUUCUGACUCCUCUUCUUUUUGGAUUUAAAAGUCCUGCGCCUACUCUGGUCGCGCAGGGAGGAUUUCGUGUGUUUUAUCAGAACUUGAGGAAACAGCAGUGAUGUUUGUGUUGAAAUCAGUGGUGCUCUGUGCGUUGCUCUGCGGGGCUGGAGCUCAGUCGUGCCCGUCCCAGUGCUCCUGCAGCGGGACAGCGGUGGACUGCCACGGCCAGAGCCUGCGGAGCGUGCCGCGGAACAUUCCCCGCAACGCUGAGCGACUGGACCUGAAUGCAAACAAUCUGACUAAAAUCACUAAGGCAGAUUUUGCGGGACUGAAGAACCUUCGAGUUCUGCAGUUAAUGGAGAACAAGAUCAGUUCAAUUGAAAGAGGGGCAUUUCAGGAUCUACAAGAGCUGGAAAGACUGCGUCUCAACAGGAAUAAUCUUCAGGUUCUUCCGGAGUUGCUGUUUCUGGGCACGACCAAACUCUUCAGACUGGACCUGAGUGAAAAUCAAAUCCAGGGGAUUCCCAGAAAAGCCUUCAGAGGAUCUACAGAGAUCAAAAACCUGCAGCUGGACUAUAAUCAUAUUUCCUGCAUUGAAGAUGGAGCGUUCAGAGCUCUGCGGGACUUAGAAGUACUCACACUGAACAACAACAAUAUCUCUCGUUUGUCAGUGGCCAGUUUUAACCACAUGCCCAAGCUCAGGACAUUUCGCCUGCACUCUAAUAAUCUUCUAUGUGAUUGCAAUGUGGCCUGGCUCUCUGAUUGGCUGAGACAGAGGCCCCGCCUUGGCCUCUACACACAGUGUAUGGCUCCACCCUCCCUGAGAGGCCACAACAUAGCAGAGGUUCAGAAGAAAGAGUUUAUGUGUACAGGGCCCCAGUCGCACUCAUCCUGUAGUGUGCUGCAGUGUCCUGAGCUCUGCACCUGCAGUAAUAAUGUAGUGGACUGCCGGGGGAAAGGACUGACUGAAAUACCCACCAACCUGCCAGAAACUAUCACUGAAAUUCGACUGGAGCAAAACUCCAUCAAGAUUAUUCCAGCAGGAGCUUUCGCACCUUACAAGCGGCUGCGAAGAAUAGAUCUGAGUAAUAAUCAAAUUACUGAAUUGGCUUCAGACUCUUUUCAAGGUCUCCGUUCUUUGAACUCUCUGGUUUUAUAUGGAAAUAAAAUCACUGAACUUCCCAAAGGCCUUUUUGAUGGACUGUUCUCAUUGCAGCUACUAUUGCUGAAUGCGAACAAGAUCAAUUGUUUGCGUGUCGAUUCUUUCCAAGACCUGCAGAAUCUGAAUCUUCUGUCGCUUUAUGACAACAAACUUCAGACCAUCGCAAAGGGAACUUUCUCUUCUCUCAGAGCCAUCCAAACCCUUCAUCUGGCCCAGAACCCAUUCAUGUGUGACUGCCAUUUGAAGUGGUUAGCAGAUUACCUGCAAGACAAUCCAAUUGAGACCAGUGGAGCUCGAUGCACCAGUCCCCGGCGCCUUGCUAACAAACGUAUUGGCCAGAUCAAGAGCAAAAAGUUCCGCUGUUCAGCUAAAGAGCAAUAUUUUAUACCAGGCGUAGAAGACUACCGGUCAAAACUAGGUGGGGAUUGCUUUGCUGAUCUGGCCUGUCCAGAGAAAUGUCGCUGUGAAGGAACCACAGUGGACUGCUCUGGACAAAAGCUCACCAAGAUCCCAGACCACAUCCCUCAGUAUACAGCAGAACUCCGCUUGAACAAUAAUGAAUUCACAGUGCUGGAGGCUACAGGAAUCUUCAAGAAGCUUCCUCAAUUGCGUAAAAUCAAUCUUAGCAACAACAAGAUCACAGAUAUUGAGGAGGGCACAUUUGAAGGGGCCAGUGGAGUAAAUGAACUCAUACUGACCAGCAAUCGCUUGGAGGGGGUCCACUACAGCAUGCUGAAAGGCCUCGGUGGUCUCCGCACACUGAUGUUGAGGAGUAACAGGAUAAGCUGUGUCAAUAACGGCAGUUUUACUGGUCUGAGCUCUGUGAGGCUGCUCUCCCUCUAUGAUAACCUGAUCACCUCCAUGUCCCCAGGAGCCUUUGACACACUACAUUCGCUCUCCACAUUGAACUUACUGGCCAAUCCGUUUAACUGUAACUGCCAUCUGGCCUGGCUGGGUGAAUGGCUCCGCAAGAAACGGAUUGUCACAGGCAACCCCCGCUGUCAGAGCCCCUACUUUCUCAAGGAGAUCCCUAUUCAAGAUGUAGCUGUACAAGACUUUGCCUGUGAAGAAGGUAAUGAUGAGAAUAGCUGUUCACCACUGGCUCGCUGUCCUGCCGAGUGUUCGUGUUUGGAUACAGUGGUUCGUUGCAGUAAUAAAGGACUCAAGGUUUUGCCUAAGGGCAUUCCUAGAGACGUCACAGAGCUCUAUCUCGAUGGCAACGAGUUCACGCAAGUCCCUCUGGAACUAUCCAAUUAUAAACACCUCACUCUCAUUGAUUUGAGUAAUAACCAGAUCAGCACAUUGUCCAACCACAGCUUCAGUAACAUGUCCGAUCUGCUCACACUAAUUUUAAGCUACAACAGAUUAAGGUGUAUUCCUGCAAAAGCUUUCGACGGUCUCAAGUCUCUGCGUUUGUUGUCUCUCCAUGGUAAUGAUAUUGCUGUGAUCCCAGAUGGAGCUUUCAAAGAUCUGUCCUCACUCUCUCACCUGGCUCUGGGCGCAAACCCGCUGUACUGUGACUGUCACAUGCAGUGGCUCUCUGACUGGGUAAAGAGUGGCUAUAAGGAGCCUGGCAUCGCCCGCUGUACCGGCCCUGGAGAUAUGACUGACAAACUGCUGCUCACUACACCCUCUAAGAAAUUCACAUGCACAGGGCCAGUGGAUGUGAGCAUUUUGGCGAAAUGUAACCCUUGCUUGUCUAAUCCCUGCAAGAAUGAUGGGACCUGCAGUAACCACCCUGUAGAUUUUUACAGAUGCACCUGCCCGUAUGGUUUUAAGGGUCAAGACUGUGAGGAACCAAUUCAUGCAUGCAUCAGUAACCCCUGUCAGAAUGGAGGAACCUGUCACCUGAAGGAUGGAGAGGAAAACACUCACUGGUGUGUGUGUCCAGAAGGAUUUGAGGGUGAUGAAUGUGAGAUAAACAUUGACGACUGUGAAGAUAAUGACUGUGAGAAUAACUCUACGUGCGUGGACGGUAUCAACAACUACACCUGUCUCUGCUCACCUGAAUACACAGGGGAGCUGUGUGAAGAUAAGCUGGAUUUCUGCGCUUCAGAGCUCAACCUGUGUCAGCACGACUCCAAAUGUAUUCUGACUGCUAAAGGCUUCAUGUGUGAAUGCACUCCAGGUUAUAACGGUGAGCACUGUGAGGUGGAUUUUGAUGAUUGUGAAGAUAAUAAGUGUAAAAACGGGGCACAGUGUAUUGAUGCUGUGAACGGCUACACGUGUGUGUGUCCAGAAGGCUACAGUGGGUUGUUCUGCGAGUUUUCUCCCCCAAUGGUCCUGCCGAGAACGAGUCCAUGCGAUCAUUAUGACUGUGCCAACGGUGCGCAGUGUGUUGUGAAGGACACGGACCCCGUGUGUCAGUGUCUGCCAGGUUACGAGGGUGUACACUGUGAAAGACUGGUCAGCGUCAACUUCAUCAACAGAGAAUCCUUCCUGCAGAUCCCCUCCAACCUCAUUACAGAACAAGCCAAUAUAUCUCUGCAGAUUGCCACAGAUGAGGAUAAUGGAGUGUUGCUGUAUAAAGGAGAUAAUGAACACAUUGCUGUGGAGCUUUACAGAGGCCGCCUGAGAGUCAGUUAUGACUCUGGAUCAUAUCCUCCAUCUGCCAUCUACAGUGUCGAGACAAUAAAUGAUGGCAGCUUUCAUGUAGUGGAGCUGGUGGCAAAGGAUCAGUCUCUGUCACUGUCCAUUGAUGGAGGAAGCCCGAAAUCCAUCAACACCGCCAACAGCCCCAGCCCAGUGCCCAGCCCGGCCCCGCUUUAUCUUGGUGGUCUUCCUCAGCAGUCUGGUUUGGCCUCGUUGCGUCAGGGCUCUGGCAGGAACGGCUCUAGUUUCCAUGGCUGCAUUCGAAACCUCUACAUUAAUGACCAGCUCCAGGAUCUCACCCAGUUCUUACUGCAGGAGGGUGUUGUGCCCGGAUGCCAGCCGUGCCAGCGGAGCAUGUGUGCCCAUGGUCAGUGCCACGCCACCGGACAAUCCUCCUUCAGCUGUGAGUGUGAGGCGGGAUGGAUCGGCCCACUCUGUGACCAGCAGGUCAACAAUCCAUGUGACGGGAACAAGUGUAUCCAUGGCUCCUGUAUGGCCAUAAACUCAUACUCGUACAGCUGUCGCUGUCAUCCAGGCUUUGCAGGUGUGCUGUGUGAUGAAGAGGAGCAGCUCAGCCCCUGUCAGUAUAUAGCAUGCAAAUACGGCCGCUGUCGUGUGUCUGGACUGGGCAAAGCCUAUUGUGAGUGCAACAGCGGCUACACGGGGCAAAGCUGCGACAGAGAGAUGGCGUGUCGGGGGGAACGGGUCCGAGAUCACUAUCAGACGCAGCAGGGCUACGCCGCGUGCCAAAGCACAGAGAAGGUCUCACGUUUAGAGUGUCGGGGCAGCUGUGGGGACGGGACCUCCUGCUGCGCCCCGCUCCGCAGCAAACGCAGGAAAUACACCUUCCAAUGCACAGACGGGUCCUCUUUUGUACAGGAGGUGGAAAAGGUUGUCAAGUGUGGCUGCACAAAAUGUCCAUCCUAAAACAACAACAACAGCAAAAAUACAUCCUCACCCUCCCCUUGUUUGAAGUCCCCUGUUUUGUUUUUGUCAGUGUUGGACUAAUGAUUUUUUUUUCCUUCAAAGGAGAUAAUGGAUUACUGUAAGAUAAAGAACAAACCUAUUUUUUAUUAUGAAGCUGAGAAAAAAAGACAAAAAAUAGAUUUUAGAGGUUUUUUAUUUGCCAUCUUAGGUACUGUGACGUUUUGAUUCCUUUUUUUUUGGCAAGAUCACCUCAAAUAAGAAUGGAAAGCAAACACACCCUGACGACACCUUUCUUUUUUUUGUGUGUGUCAUUCUAUGUGCCAUUCUUUUUUUGUGAUUUUUCUGGACUGCCGUAACUCAUUUCACCUGGACUUUGUGAAGGUGAGAUAAAGUAUCAUUAUGGAGGCUGCAAGGGGAUUCACUGAGAGCGGAGGAUUCCCAUCUUACUUCCUUACACCACACAAACACACUAUCAUAGCUGCUUUCUCUCUCUCACACCCACACACAUUACCUACUAAGUGUACACCUAUGGUCUCUUCCAGCAUGCACACACACACACUCUUCUGAUCCGCAUUAUAAACCAUGUGUAUUUAUUGUAUCAAAAAUACUGUCACAUUACUUAUACUCAGUAUAGCCCUUGUUCCCUGCAGUUACAGUUGGAAUUUCUUAAUAUAUAUUAAUUUAUAUUCGUCCUCUUACCGAUUUAAAUCACUCAUAGCUUAUUGAGUAGAAAAACUAACGUCGUGUCUCCUUCGGUUGGUUGGUUUGACCAAUGGGACUGUUGUAUUUACCAUGAAAAAAAAGCAAAAAAGACAUAAAAAAGAAAAUUCUAAAAAAAUAAAUAACUUAGUGGUGUUAUGAAUCUUCAAAUGUGAAGUGAAAACAUUGUAUAUUUUUGUCAAAUCUCCUAAAAAUUUGUAUGGUGACACAGACGUGCUUUAUAUUAGAGUUUAAAUGUAUAGUAAAAUCUCCCCAUGUAUUCUGUAUAGAGCACAUGCCCUAGUUUAAAGAAAAAUAAAUAAUAAUAAUAACAGUAGCUUCCAUAGCUGUCAAUAAAGCUCUUUUUAAAAUAUCCUCCUUGCAAAUCCUUUUUAACGAAACAGAUAGAAAGAAAAACUGUGACUUUUUUUCUAAAUGAUACUACUUUGUUUCCACUCGGUUUCCCCCAUGUUAACAUGUUGCUGCUAAAUUGGUAUUGUAGACUUUGGAUGAUGAUGCUGAUGUUUAUUGUAGAGGACGUUGCUCAUUCAUUGAGCAAAUUGUUUUACUGAUCAAUGAAUAAAGAUGUCCCCUCCCUCUA